GUGGCAGCUCCCAAGGAGUCCAAGAAGGAAGCAAAGGAAAAAAUCACAACUAAACCUGUAAAACCAGAACCCAAAAAGGCUGUAAGCGGGAUUAAAGUAGUCAAAAAGGAGGUUGCGUCCCUCUUGAGGAAGGAGCAUCUUAAUGUUACAAAAGCAGAGGUUCAUCAAGUACCUAAAGUAAAAUCCAAGCCAGAACCUGCAAAGAAAGCAGCGGCUCUUCCCAAGGAACCUAAGAAGGAACCAAAGGAACAAGUCAAACCUAAACCUGUAGAAAAAGACGCUGGACCCAAAAUGGCUGCAAGGGGGAUUAAAGUAGUCAAAAAGGAGGUUGCGUCUCUCUUGAGGAAGGAGCAUCUUAAUGUUACAAAAGCAGACGCUGGACCCAAAAAGGCAGAAAAGGUGACUAAAGAAGUCAAAAAGGAGGUUGCGUCUCUCUUGAAGAAGGAACAUCUUAAUGUUACCAAAGCAGAGUUUCCAGAAGUACCCAAAGUGAAAGCCAAAACAGAACCUGCAAAGAAAGCAGCUGCACCUCCCAAGGAACCUAAGAAGGAACCAAAGGAACAAGUCAAACCUAAACCUGUAGAAAAAGACGCUGGACCCAAAAAGGCUGUAAGCAGGAUUAAAAUAGUCAAAAAGGAGGUUGCGUCUCUCUUGAAGAAGGAGCAUCUUAAUGUUACCAAAGCAGAGGUUCCAGAGGUACCCAAAGUGAAAGCCAAGUCAGAACCUGCAAAGAAAGGUAUUUCUAUGUAG